GCGCGCACUGUUACGCAAUUGGUCAAAUUUGAUGGCGCAAUGUGUUAUGCCUUCUUAUGUCAGUUUUUCUGUCAGUAAUGUAGUGAUGGUGUCGGUGUUAAAUUUUUGCGUAAAGUAGGACCGUUUGGGCACCAGAUUCGGGUUUUGUUUUAAUUUUAAAUCGCGCCUCUUAUUUGCCCGAAUCUCCGCAUCCACUUCCAUUUUUAAUUUCCCUCAUUUCCAUGAAAACCUCUAACCAUGUCCAGUAAACACAAGAAGACCAAUGUCAUUAAUCGCACCACCAGCGAGACUCUCCGACUUGGAGAAGUGUUACCGCUGACGAGCUUGCCCCCCGUCUCGCGGAAGAAAAUCCAGAAUUCGUCCAGUUCGUUCCAGAUCACGGCGGUGACCAGGACCGAUGGGGACGACUCUGCUGAUGAUCUGGACACUGAUGACAUCUCCCGAGUGACCGACAACGAGACCCCCAGCUUCUCCGAAGACUCCAGAGACACGGACGACCAUCAGCUUGAGCCGGGAAAUGUCGUAGAACCAAUGCAAGUUGAUGUUAAGCCCAAACCGGAUGAAAGAUUCAAGAUUGUUAAAAUGCCGAGCACUUUGCCCCUCAGUAGGGGACGCUGGAUCUGCGUCGAUUACUUCGACGACGCCACCGAAAAGGGGCCCGAACACACCUCACGCUCUACAUCACACCUACACGAAGGUAUACAUCUUAUCAAUGACCGGUGUUUUACUCAUUUCCGGUUUCAAUUGCAGCAUUUUGCUACGAAACCUGCCGGAACUAUGAAGGGUUUUCCUCAGGGCUUUCCUUCCCCUAUUUUGGUCACCGGUGGGGGCGACCCUACCAGUUUUCCUGACCAGGAAAUGUCUCAACCUAAGGCUGCCAAUAAUCAACCAUCCAAUGGGCAAAAGGACGAUAUUCUUUCUGACAUAAAAGUUGCCUUAACGUCUAUGCCAGCUACCAACUCGGGGUCAGCUCCCAAUAACAACAACAUUGAUAGGAAGAUCGAAGAAGCUUUGGAUGCUGUGAAGACACAUUUGAUGCUGGCGGUCCACAAAGAAGUGGAUUUUUUGAAGACUCGGGUUAGUACAUUGGAGGGGCGCGUCAAUGAGCUGGAAAUUGAAAAUUCGAUUUUAAGAGUUAACUAUUUAUUGUUUAAGUCUUAAAAGGAGGUAUUUUGCGUUUGCAUGAUCUCAUUUUCGAUUGUUAUUCCUGUUUAAAGGAUACAUUGUACUGUUAAUUUGUACCUUGACAAUACUUGGAUUUCAUAUUAGAUGAAUCAUCGAUGUUCAGUGCGAUCGUUUGAUGUUUUUAGGAGUGAUCGCAUUGAAAUGUUUCCGAAUUUUGAUCGUACUUUUGUAUUUUUUUAUCCAUCUUCCUGGCAUCGGCUAGGAGUUCACUGCUUGAGACAAAUCAACAUUUCCUUGCACAUCAUUAUUUACCGUUCAUGCUAUGCCAGUAAGAUGGACUCAACUUCUGUCCAAAAAUGAAACAAGGAAUGAAUUUAAAAGGGGUGAUAUGGAAUGUGAUGUUAUGUUAGAUUUUUUUAUGUAAUGUAGAUGGGUAUGUGACAAUACCGAUGGACUGGUGUUGGUGUAACUGUGCAUGAAAUGGUUUCUAACUUGAUAAAAGGGGUGUGCAUAUAUAAAGCUUUAUGGUAGAGUAUACCAAUAAUGGCUGUGCUAGGAAUUUAGAAUACUCUCAAGAGUAAGUCAUACCUACUUUAUUUCGGAAAUUUUCUAUUUUAACAGUAUUACAACCCAAAAACCAAUUUGUGUAUCCACUGUGAAAGCACCAUUUAGGCGCUAAUGGCUCUUUCACGACAAAUCAGCCCUAACAAAGACACCUCUCAUUUGACAUAUUAGUGAGAUUUUUUGUUAAUUUUUCAUAUUGAUUUUAUUUUAUUCGUUACGUACGUUAAUGCAGAUGCUCGGUCAUCUUUUGUGCCAUAUUCUUUCAUCAGCAAUCGAAACGAAUGACCAUUUUUUUAUUUGUGUUCUCUUUAAUAAAAACUACAAAAUGUA